ACCUAUUUAUCCACGUCCCCCUGCGCGCACCCACCCCACUAUCGAGAGGAGACAGGGGAGGGGGCCAGCAGCCACGCACGCGCGCGCAGGCAUGGGCGUCCUGCGGAGCACGCAGAGCCUGCAGGCCGAGGUGGAUGAGCUGCGCGCCUCGCUGCUAGUCGACGGCCACGGGGCCAGGGCGGCGGCCGGGUGGCGCCGCUCGGCGGGCGACGCGGGCGCCAAGCGCGCGCCAGGAGGCGAGGCCGCGGCGCGCACCGUGUGCGUCACCGGCGGCAUCUCGUUCGUCGGGUUCGCCGUCGUCGACCGCCUCCUCCGGCACGGCUACACCGUCCGCCUCGCGCUCGAGACGCAAGAGGAUAUGGACAAGCUGAGGGAGAUGGAGAUGUUCGGCGAGGACGGCAGGGACGGGGUGUGGACGGUGAUGGCCAACGUGAUGGACUCCGAGAGCCUGCACCGGGCGUUCGACGGCUGCGCCGGCGUGUUCCACACCUCUGCCUUCGUGGAUCCAGGGGGCAUGUCCGGCUACACGAAACAUAUGGCUAGCUUAGAAGCCCAAGCAGCAGAGCGGGUGAUUGAGGCAUGCGUGAGGACAGAGUCCGUCAGGAAGUGCGUCUUCACAUCUUCCUUGCUAGCAUGUGUUUGGAGGCAGAACUACCCCCAUGACCGAUGGUUUCCUACCAUCAUCGAUGAGAACUGCUGGAGCGAUGAGAGCUUCUGCCGCGAUAAUAAGCUGUGGUUUGCACUCGGCAAGACGGCAGCAGAGAAGGCAGCCUGGAGGGCAGCCCGGGGACGGGACCUGAAGCUGGUCACCAUCUGCCCCGCACUCGUCACCGGACCUGGAUUCCGCCGCCGCAACUCCACCGCGUCCAUCGCGUACCUCAAAGGCGCUCGUGCCAUGCUCGCUGACGGUCUGCUCGCGACGGCGAACGUGGAGACCGUGGCCGAGGCGCACGUCCGCGCGUACGAGGCGAUGGGCGACAACACCGCCGGCGGGAGGUACAUCUGCUACGACCACGUGGUCCAGCGGCCCGAGGAGUUCGCCGAGCUGGAGCGCCAGCUGGGGCUGCCAGGCAGGGCGUCGGCGGCCGUGCAGGGCUCCGACGACCGGCCGGCGAUGUUCGAGCUCUGCAAGCGGAAGCUGGCCAGGCUCAUGUCCUCCAGGAGGAGGUGCACGUACGACACUUACUACUCCGUCGCGUUUGACUAGGUAGCUAGCUCAGGUCCUGCAGGGCUAACCGCUGAUGCAUCUGAAGGUACGGAUGACACCGCUGGUACUGCUGACGAGCGAUGAUCGCAGCAAGGGUUGACUGCACCGAUCUGCACACAGCGGUCCGUUCUACUUGAUGCGGUGAAAAGUGGAAACCGGAAGGGAAGCAAUAGCUAGCGGAGCCCCUUCCUCUUGACUGUCCUCGUGGAUGGGAAGGAGCAGAGCCCAGGAGUGUGUGCUAUGAUGUGCUGAGCCUUAUUGCAGUCUUGUACAGAGUUUUGAUGCAAUAAUAAAGGUGAAUUUUGAUGCAACAA